UGUGUUUACCUUCCAUGGUAGCUACCAAUAAAAAUCACUGAGAGCUAUAUUCCAGCUACUAAAUUGAGAUAUAUAUAUAUAUAUACCUAAGCUAAUUUAGCGACGAUUUCUUCGAACAUCCAUAAACGAUAAACCAAUUUUGUAAAGUUUAGGGUUCUAAAAUGAAAGCUUCUGUAAAGUUUCGCGGAGAUCAGAAGCCAAUUUUGAGAGCUAAGGUACCUCUGAAUAUUUUAGGGUUUCCAUUUCAAUCCGGAAUCGAAGCUGGCGACACUAAAGAGCUUUGCUUCAAUUUCACUACUUUCUUCGAGUCUGGCCCUUUGUUAAAGCUCUCUUAUCGUCCCAACGAUUCAUGGAGACCUUUCGGUUUCAGUGUCAGGACCGGAAUCGGACAUUUCGGCUCGCCGAUCGGAGCUCCGAUGACCAUGAACGCCGAGUUCAACUUCCUCGCAAACGGAAACCCUAGCUUCUUCCUCCGAUUCCGGCCUCAGAUCGGGGAUUUCUCCAUCAAGCGAUCCGUCGAUUCACGGACUGCUCCUUUGCCCGCGCAAUCCUCGGUUUCGACGCCGAGGUUCAGGCCUCAUGCGAACGACGGCGAUUCCGAUAACGAGGAGUUCUUUGAAAACAACGAAACGCCUGUGAAAAAAGGGGCUAGCGGGACGGUGAACCGCGUGUUGACCGGCAAUAUGAUCGGAGGUUUUCCGGCGGAGAGCGUUGUGGAGAGGCUGUGUUCCGGCGUGGAAGUCUAUGCAAAGACGGCUCUGCCGUUGAGAGACCGCGCGGUGUUGAAGCUACGGUGGAGCGUCAGAUUCUCGGCCGACCAGGCCGGUGAUCGGACGGCUGAGAAUUGGCUUCGUAAGAUUCCGUACCUCACGCUGGGCAAAAUAGGAAUCGAACACGUGGCUGUUGAUAUAAAGCAAGCGCAGAAACUUAAAUUAAGUAAAAAUGCCGAGGUGGCAGAGUCGUGUUUGACAGUGAAACGAGAGCUUGAUGUUUUACAGGUGGAGAGUGGUUUGCUUAGAAAAGAAUUAAAUGAGCUCCGGUCAGUAAUUGAUACCGGAAAACAUUCUCCGGAUGCCGGGAAACAGAAAAAAGAUUACCAACGGGUUGCCGAGAAGGUAAAGGAUGUGAAUGGUACUACCGGUGCCGGAAAGUCUUUCAACUCUCCGGCAUCCAAAGACUCAGUUAGGUAAAAGAAAAACUUUAUUACAAUGAUAAUACCAUGCAGCGAUGAACCAAUUCAAAAGGCGUACAAGAAGAUGCUAUUUAUUGACAAUAGCAUUGGACAAUCUAGUUAAAGAGUCGGUAACGACGUGUUUGCCUCAUAAAAAGUGGAAGGAGUAGGAUUGUCUUGUUUUGUAGUUGCCUAUUCUUUGUCUUAUUUAUGUUGUACUGUUGUAAGUUUUGUUUGGAAACAAAAAGUACUAAUGUUAAUUAUUUGGCUAGAUUAUGUUGAAACGCCUUCAAAAUCUAGAAGCCAAAAGAGAAAAUCACGAGACUUUAAAAUAAAUUUAUUUCUUUCAAUUUCAAAUACAUGACACCACA